GCCAUUGUUUUCUCUCAUGACAAGAGUCGUAAAUAUCCAAUGAAAUAAUCGAAAUCAUUGUAUUCUAGUAGUUGGCUACAUGUCACAAAGGAAAGAAACUCCUCAAUUGGAAUAACAAUAGAGAAUGAAAUGUCUUUUCAAGAGAAGGAUAUUUUCGCAACCCAACAACAGAGACUUAAUCCCCCAAUGAGAAAUUGUGAUGUGGAGAAAGAAAAAGCAAUUGCCGUCGACGAACGUCAAAGGUUGGAAGAUUUUAUUCAAAGAAAUAAAGAACAGUUGAUACUCAUUUGUGUUCUUAAAUACACCAGAUUAGAAUAAACUCUGUACUAGCUGAGGUUUAUACCUUGAACGUACAGGGUUCCAGACAAUCUGGUAGAAUAAACGGCCGGUCCUUAAGGCUAUCUGACUUGACAGGUUUGCACUAGUGAAUCUGUCAACUCCCCUUUUUGGAAGCUGUGUCAGAUAUUCGAGUCAUAACCGUCCAACAAUAAUCUUAUAGUCUUAUGUGUGUUGAUAAAGCCCUUCUUUAGAAAUAGUCUUUGGGAAAGCAUUAUCUAAAAUAUAGUGUUAUUUCCUUUCCCCUCUUCAAAAAUUGCCGCUAUUGAGACAUUCAUUUGAAUUUGAAAAGUGUGGAUUGCUAAAGCUUGACUUAUCCUUUGCACGAUACGCAAUGAGCAUAGAAAAAACCAUCAAAAUUGUUGUUGUUGGAGAUGGAGCUGUAGGAAAGACUUGUAUGCUUAUGUCUUAUACUACCAACCGUUUUCCAACCGACUAUGUGCCUACAGUAUUCGACAACUACACAGCAACAGUUAUGGUCGAUGACGAACCAGUACAAAUAGAACUUUGGGAUACUGCAGGCCAAGAAGACUAUCAAAGACUGCGAGCUCUUAGCUAUUUUCAAACGGAUGUAUUCAUCUUGUGUUUUUCUCUUGUCAAUCCACCUUCCUUUGAGAACGUUGAAAGUAAGUGGAUUCCUGAACUUCAACGAAACUCUCCUGGUGUUCCCAUUAUAUUAGCCGGUACAAAACUUGAUCUAGUGAAUGACCCACAAGAGUUGAGUAAACUUUCCAAACGAGGACAAUCACCUAUAGCAGUAGAAAUGGGAAAGCAGCUGUCUUCCAAAAUCGGAGGAGUGUAUCGAGAGUGUUCUGCAUUUACUCAAGCAGGAUUGAAAGAAGUAUUUGAUGAAGCUAUUCGUGCUGCAUUAGCGCCGAAAUUAUCCAAUUCAGUUUAUACCAGCACUAAUCAAGCCUGUUGCUCUAUAUCUUGAUGGUUUUGUGAAUAUAUAAAAUAUACAUUUGUUUA